AUGGGUUAGGGUGGGGGCCUCGGGCAGCGGGGAAGACCAGCCCGGUGCCUCCGCCGGAGGGCGCGGAGCCCGAACGCCGCUCGCGGGCGCCGGGCAUGGGGAGCGCGGUGUGAGCCCGCACCCCGGGAGGACGCCCGAGCCGCGGCGACGGGCCGAGGUGGAGGAAGAGCGCGUGGACUGGGAGGACCCAAGGGAGGAAGGGAGGGAGAGAAGGGAGGGUGGGGAAGCUAGGGAAAAGUGAAGCUGGGAGGAGAAGGCGGAGGAAGGUGGGGAUUGAUGCUUCUGUUUUUUGUUGCCGCUGCUGCCCUCGCGCUGGGAGCCGAGCCGGAGGGAAGGCGGUGGAGAGAUGAUUGCAGAGUUGGUGAGCAGCGCUCUGGGGCUCGCCUUGUAUCUCAACACCCUAAGCGCGGAUUUCUGCUAUGAUGACAGCCGUGCUAUCAAGACUAAUCAGGACCUUCUCCCAGAAACGCCAUGGACGCACAUUUUCUACAAUGAUUUCUGGGGGACUCUUCUAACCCACAGUGGCAGCCACAAGUCCUACCGGCCACUCUGCACGCUUUCUUUUCGCCUGAACCAUGCCAUCGGAGGGCUGAAUCCCUGGAGCUACCAUCUUGUCAAUAUCCUACUGCAUGCGGCAGUCACUGGUCUCUUCACGAGCUUCUCCAAGAUACUCCUUGGGGACGGAUACUGGACCUUCAUGGCGGGCUUGAUGUUCGCCUCUCACCCCAUCCACACGGAGGCCGUGGCAGGAAUCGUGGGUCGAGCCGAUGUCGGGGCCAGUCUCUUCUUUCUCCUCUCCUUGCUCUGCUACAUUAAACACUGCUCUACCAGAGGCUACUCAGCCAGGACGUGGGGCUGGUUCCUGGGGACAGGGCUGUGUGCGGGAUGCAGCAUGCUGUGGAAGGAACAAGGAGUGACUGUUCUGGCAGUCUCAGCAGUUUACGAUGUCUUCGUCUUUCACAGGCUGAAAAUGAAACAGAUCCUACCUACCAUUUACAAAGGGAAGAAUUUGUCUCUUUUCCUCAGCAUUAGUUUGUUAACUCUCUGGGGGACUUCCCUUUUGGGUGCCCGUUUAUACUGGAUGGGAAACAAACCACCAAGCUUUUCCAACUCUGACAACCCAGCUGCUGAUUCUGAUAGUCUCCUGGCUCGCACGCUCACCUUCUUCUACUUGCCAACCAAGAACCUCUGGCUGUUACUCUGCCCUGAUACCCUCAGUUUUGAUUGGUCAAUGGAUGCCGUGCCUCUGCUCAAAACAGUUUGUGAUUGGAGAAACCUACACACUGUGGCCUUCUAUACUGGACUCCUCCUUCUUGCCUACUGUGGUUUAAAGAGCCCAAGCGUGGAAAGAGAAUACUAUGGGAAAUUUGUAACAAAUGGCAAGCAGAAUGCAAACGGACAUAGCUGCCAUUCAGAUGUGGAAUACCGGAACUCAGAGAUUAAGCCCAGCUUUGCAUCCAAAGUAGAAAAUGGCAUUAAAAAUAAUGUACCACAGACAACACCACUUCCUUCUACAGAGAACAUUGUUGUACUGUCUUUAUCUUUGUUAAUCAUACCCUUUGUUCCUGCCACGAACCUGUUUUUCUAUGUCGGCUUUGUAAUUGCAGAGCGAGUAUUGUAUAUUCCUAGCAUGGGCUUCUGCCUCCUCAUUACAGUGGGUGCCAGAGCCCUUUAUGUCAGAGUCCAGAAGCGGUUUCUCAAGAGCUUGAUUUUUUAUGCUACAGCUACAUUAAUUGUUUUCUAUGGACUCAAGACUGCAAUCAGGAAUGGAGACUGGCAGAAUGAGGAAAUGCUGUAUAGGUCAGGGAUAAAAGUAAACCCAGCUAAAGCAUGGGGUAACCUUGGAAAUGUUCUGAAGAGUCAGAGCAAAGUUUCCGAAGCUGAAAGCGCCUAUAGGAAUGCUUUGUACUACCGGAGCAACAUGGCUGACAUGCUUUAUAAUUUAGGGUUACUCCUGCAGGAGAACAGCAGGUUUGCAGAAGCGCUACAUUAUUAUAAACUGGCGAUCGGGAGCAGGCCUACACUGGCUUCUGCGUAUUUAAACACCGGUAUUAUUCUGAUGAACCAAGGAAAGACCGAAGAAGCCCGACGUACAUUCCUGAAGUGUUCUGAGAUCCCUGAUGAAAACCUAAAGGACCCUCACGCGCAUAAGAGCUCGGUGACCAGCUGUCUCUACAACCUGGGAAAGCUCUACCACGAGCAGGGACACUAUGAGGAAGCCCUUAGUGUAUAUAAAGAAGCAAUUCAGAAAAUGCCAAGGCAGUUUGCUCCACAGAGCUUGUACAACAUGAUGGGUGAAGCAUACAUGCGGUUAAGCAAACUCCCGGAGGCAGAGCACUGGUAUAUGGAAGCACAGAGAUCCAAUAACCUAGGUCGUAAGAGUGAGGCUGAAAAGUUCUUCUUGAAGGCUAUUGAGCUGGAUCCCACCAAAGGAAACUGUUACAUGCAUUAUGGUCAGUUUCUUCUGGAAGAAGCGCGCCUGUUAGAAGCAGCCGAGAUGGCAAAAACAGCAGCGGAGCUGGACAGCACAGAGUUUGAUGUGGUCUUCAAUGCUGCCCACAUGCUCAGACAGGCCAGCCUCAAUGAAGCAGCCGAGAAGUAUUAUGAUCUGGCAGCCAGGCUGAGGCCCAAUUAUCCGGCUGCGCUGAUGAACCUGGGAGCCAUCCUGCACCUGAACGGCCGGCUGCACCAGGCCGAAGCCAACUACCUGCGGGCGCUGCAGCUCAAGCCGGACGACGUCAUCACGCAGUCCAAUCUCCGCAAACUCUGGAACAUCAUGGAAAAGCAAGGCUUAAAGACUUCCAAGACCUGACACGGGGCAGCGCCUCUUCCUCCUCCACCUUCUCAAGCUGGCUUCCUUCACCAACAGGACUUCCCAGCGGGGCUAGGACAAGAGCUGGUUUGGACUUCAAGGCCAGGGCAGAGGUCACCGAGGUCACUGCCUCUUCUGGGAAUAUCCACUUAGCUGUUGGCACAGCCUUUAACACCAAAAAGGGGGGGGGGAUUUGGAAACCUCCUGAAGGAUGUAAUUGUUACCCAUAGAACUAAACCAGAGCACUUAAGAAAGGAUCUCUUGGCCUUCUGAAAGAGGGACGGCGUCUAACUUCCAAACUUUGUGCAUUUUUGAAAGCUAACUGAGAAAUUAUAUUGUUUCCUAAACACUGUGAGAGGAAGCCAGAGUGUCCAUUCAGCCAUGGUAAACUAUGAAGGUCAAGUGUGCAUAGGAGAGAUUAACAUGUAGUGUGAGCCCCAGGGAGCCGGCGGUCAUCCUGCUGCUGCCUUCCCUCUCUGGGACAGCCCGCUCAUCCAAAUUCUGCAACUUAGAAAAUUCCCCCCCCCCUUUUUUUUUAAUACGAUGUCAGGACCUGUGAGAGUCUACGCUUGUUUCCUGACUAGUGCACAUGCCGCAUUAUGAUUUGGAUGUCAGUCUUCACUUUCUUGGGAAUCAUUUGCUUUUCAUGAUCUGAAAAGGGUAUGCAGCGUAGCGAAACCCCCAUUUCACACUGGUAUUGUAGGAGGGGCCAGGGAGGCCUCAUACUUGUCAGGCAGGCAUUUUUUACUUUAAAGUCGCCAAUAUUUAUCCCCCACACACACACAAAAAUAAAAGAAAGAAAGAAAGAAAAAACUGCCUAGGAGAAUUCAUUGUGUUAAUUCUUAGGCUUUUGAAAUUGCCUUUGUAAAUGGCUAUUCCUGGUUAGUGCACAUGCUUAUAUAAGGAUUAUAACAAAAGGAAGCUUAAAGGUGUUCUAGCUCCAACAACUAACCAGCAGCCAUUAGACAUAAGGGAAGGUGCUUUGUGCUUUCCAGAUGUUACUGGUUAAAAAAACAAGUCUGCUCGAAGGAGUGUAUAAUGAUGGUUACCAAUGACUUUAUAUUUGGGAAAUGUUAUUAUGAAAUGCUAAUAUCUUUCUAAUAGGUACCAGAACAGUAAUGCUGAUACGGUUUUAAGGAAUUGUUAUCGUAUUUUUCAUAUUUUGCUCUUCCCCCCAAAAAACAUAAAAAUAACUUCUUAUUUUAAGCUGCAGUAGAGUGUAGCAUUAGCCUGCGUGUUUCUAGGUGUUCUGCCAAGUGCUUUUUACAGUUGAAAACCAUUUCUCACUAGCAAAUUUGGUAUUUUGUUUCAUUACCUAUUUGUAACCACUUCAACGUUCAUUUCACAAGUAAAGGAGUUUAAAAGAUGUAGAGAAGAACAUUUGUUGAACUUUUUUUUUGACUUGCAGUCAGACUUUGUUACUAGAAAUUAACUUUGUGAAAACAAUAGCCCACUAUUAGCUUCUUCAUAAAGUAGAAACACAAUACUGUACAUAUUUAUUUAUUUAUUAUUCUAUAAUAGCAGAAUAACAAACAAAACUUGAUUCACCAAGCCAAUUCCUUGCAACUGAAAAUUAAGCUUUUUCUCCUUUACACUCAUGCUCCAUGUAUAUAUGGUCAGCUUCCCCAUUAAAGGGAAGCUGCACAUGCAAAUACAUCAUACUAUGUUUUCUCCAUAUUUUGUAUGUUUUUCUGCAUAUCUGAAUACAGUGGGAUAAAGAAUUUGAAGUAGUGUUCCUAUGGCAUUAGUGUAAGAAGGGCAAAUGUAGUGAGAGAGAUUUGGUGAUGACAUUAAUAAGAAGGCCCUCCUACCAUGUACAGUAUUUUAUAAACAUUUCACUGAGGGGCCAAAAGUUAAAUUAUAACUAAAUCACUGUGUUCUCAGAAUGAUAUUUAACAUUUAACAACAACAAACCCGUGGUCAAACCAAAAAUAGGGGUUGAAGUGUAUUUUUCAUCUUCUACUGCAUUGGCAAUUGCAAACAAAUAAAUACAAAAGGAAUUUAAUAUAAGGAUAUAGAGAUGAAUUCAAUGUCUAACAUUUUUAUUUAUUUAAAUAUUGACCUAUGAUGAUUUCCUAGUUUUAACACUUUAUGUCUUUUUUAUUGUUAUUAUUCUUCCUUUCAAAACACUUGGUUCUUAAUAGGUUUGCUGAUUGCACAGUAGAGGCACUUCAUGUUGACCCAGUUCCCAAGUAGCAUUAAUAAUUGGGCCUGUGUCAUAAAAUGCAUGGAUCUUUAAUAACAAAAUGUCCCUGACACCUUCUAUUACAGGGCUGGGCUUGGACCAACUUGGGGGGAGGGCAACAGGGGAGCAUAAUAGAACAUGGUCAAAAAAGUCUCCGCUCAGGGAUUUAUGGUGGAUUAUUGCAGACAGUGCUAAAAAUAUAGAGCACAAGACAAGCUUACUAAAUUAAAAUUUUAUUUUUUGAGAAGCUGUUAUUUGUAUAAAUUAUCAAGAUUUGUAGGCUUUCCUUUUGUAGAAAUAAUUGUUUUAUGUGCCAGAGAAUUUCAAUUUUGUUUUCAACAAUAAAGCAUUGAUAACAAAUA